AUGAACGUCGAGGUGAACAUCGAUGGUGUGUACUAUCCCGCGUUAGCCGAACGGAUUUCCAGGGACGAAAACUGUUUGGAGACUUCUUAUCCCGGAGAUUGGCGUCCACGGGAGUCUGUGAACUUUUCGAAUUGCCGUGUUUUACAAGCACAAUCUUCACAUCCCAUCCACAAAGGUGAUGUUAUCGAGGCGUUGUUUGAACAAGCAAAUGGCCAAUCAGGAUGGCAAAAGGCUUCGGUACGCGAGAUCAAGGCUGUGAUGUACUUGUGUCCUUUUCUCUCUUGUUUCGCCCUCUCUGUUCCGAAUCCCCGUUUCGGAAGCGUUCCGGAAGAUUUGGUCGAUCACUUUUCGGUUGAUAGGAACCUUAUGGAAUUUCAAAACACAGUGAAGGAUAUUUCCAUGAGCUUUGACAAGGAAUCGCGCGAAAUCAAAUUGACUUCCUUUUGGUACGAUGUCACUCAAGAAAGCAGUUGUUUCAUGAAAUGUUUCCGAGAUGUGCGCCUAAAAAAUCAACUACGUGCUCGAGCUGAAGAAGCGGAGCGUUUACUUCAACACGGCUCUCAGCGUAAUGACAAGGACUCACCGUUUGUGGAUGAAUUUGAAGUCGCAGCUGAUUUGAUGGGAUUAGCAAUUGGAACUCACGGUUCGAACAUACAAAGAGCUCGCAAUGUGGAAGAUGUAGAUGAUAUCCAGGUGUUCGAAGGAGGUGGUGAUGGUCAGCCAUGCAUCAUCAAGAUAUUUGCGAAGACAGCCGCAGCAGCACAAAAAGCACGUGCGCAACUCGACUUUGGGGUGGAAUGUGUACACGUGCCACGGUUUUUGGUAGGCAAAUUGAUCGGUAAAAAUGGAAAGUGUAUCCAGGAAAUCGUUGAUAAGUCGGGUGUGAUACGUGUUCAAAUCGCCGGUGAAGAUGAUGACAAUAUGGAUCCUGUACCGUUUUCGUUUACCGGUACUAGGGAAUCGACAUCAAUGGCUGCUUUCCUGGUAGACUUCCAAAUCAACCAUCUGAAGGAGACCGAGGGCUUGCGCAAUAAUAUAGAAGAUAUGAUGCGGCAAGCGUAUAGCAACAGUGAAAGAUUCCAAAGGAAUUCUGAUGGUUACCAACGUAACGGAUAUGGUGAUCGUGGAGGAUUUGACCGCCGUGGCGGACGUCGUGGACGUGGGCGAGGUGGUAAUUAUCGCAAUGUGAAUGCGCAGAACGGAGGAUCAACCAAUGGAGGUUCAAGUACGGGCGGAAGGCCUUGGAGGGAAACUAGGGGCGAUAGCAAUCGAUACAGUGACGAAGAGUGGUCCGGAGCAGAGGAAGGCAAGCACAGAGAAGAACACGGUGACGAACAGGAGCAACGUCGCCAGGGACGACAGCGUGGAGGAAGUGCUGGUGAACGAGGCAGUAAUGCUGGGCGAAGACGUGGUCGUGGCGCCUACAACAGGAAUGGAGUUUGA